CCUAUAUAGACAUUGGAGUCUAUGCGGAUUGGAUAAAAUAAAAUUAAUGGCGGCUGUUAUUGUUACAUUUAAAGCUUUGACAUCUUUCUUACUUGAAAAAUUGAAAUACAUCUAACAGACAUUCAAGUAUGUCACUUUCGGGGGAAGCAGUUCUUUAUGCUACAAGUCCUUGUGACAAAGUGGCACAGGAAACGGCUCGCAAAGAGCGUAGGAGAAGAAAGAUAAUUAGAGAACUUUUUCAAACUGAGAAGACAUAUCUUCAUCAUUUGGAAUUAAUAAAUAAGUUCUUUGACUUCCCUCUAAGAUUUGCUUGCCUUGUUCCUGAUAAAGUCCAUGCUACAUUAUUUAGCAACAUAGAGCAGAUCAGACAAGUCAAUGUCACUUUACUAGAAACAAUGGAAGAAUCAACAGUAGGACAGGCCUUUAAGCAGAUGGCACCUUUUUUAAAACUAUACUCCACAUAUGCAAACAAUCAUCAAUCUGCAUUGAAUGCUCUACAGGAGUGGCAAAAUAAGAGUCCUGAUUUUGCAGCAUUUAUCUCCAGACAAGAAGAUCGUCCAGAAGUCAUGGGGCUCAAAUUGAAUGCGCUCUUGAUAACCCCAGUACAAAGAAUCCCAAGAUACAAACUUUUGUUGGAAGAUCUGUUGUCCAGUACAUCAGAUGAUCAUCAUGACUAUAAAGACUUAUCAGAUGCUGCUAAUAAAAUUGCUGAAAUAGCAGCUCACAUAAAUGAAUGCUUACGACAGAAUGAAAAUUUUCUGAAAACUCUGACUAUCCAGAAGAGUUUUGAUAGCUCUGCACCUAAACUGUUAAUGCCAGGAAGAUUUUUUAUAAAAGAAGGUCCUCUUAAAAAGGUGUCUAGGAAAGGAGGCAAGUCUUAUGAGAGAAUGUUUUUUCUCUUCUCUGAUAUUUUACUGUAUGGCAAGCCCAAGUUUCUAGAUGGUGGGGGCAAAUCUUACACAUGUUCUUGUGUGCUCCCACUCAGACAUUGUAAAGUGGAACCUGUCUUUAUCACCAGUUUUAGCAAGUCAGAUGCUGGGGGAGUUUUUAAAAUUACUUGUAAAGAGGAAAGUCUUGUCCUAUAUUCUGAUGAUAAGAAAAAUGCCAGAGAGUGGAGUGAAGAGAUCAGUAAAGCUGUUAGAAAAAUUUGUGAUGACCGACAAACUUUGAGGAAACCCAGCAGCAAUAAGAUUCCAUUGCGAGGCAGAUCUCUUCGAAGACAUAGACAGCAACAGAAGAAAUUAGAUAUUAAAAUUCCUGGGAAAACUCCUUUGAGACCUCUGUCAGUCAUUAGCUCUAUCAGUGACGACUUCUCAAGUGACUCCAUUGCUAGAGAAAGGUCAGAAGACUUUGGAGAGCACAUGAGCUCAGUGUUUGAUUUAAGUACAUGCAGUAGUUACAUGGACAGUGAUGCUACAGCGCUUGCCGAAUCUCCAAUUAUAAGAAAAAAGAAAUGCUAUCAGACCAGCACUGGCACAUUGUCACUUAGAGACUCUGGUACAGAUUCUGAUGUGUACAGACAAAGUAUGAUCUCUUCUGAAAGUCAGAAUAGUGGUACCAGCCAACAUGCUAACACAGAUUCUUGUACAGGAGAAGAAAAUCUAAGAAAAGACAAAGAAACUAGAAACUGGAGUAAGACUGAGAACAAGUGUAUGAAAGAAAAUGAUUCUUCAAGUGUUUGUAGACAUGUCUGGGACACUCAUGAAAAUGUAACAAGUAGGACUAAUUCUGAAGGUGUGAAAACUCUAUCCAGUCAAACAAAUAGCUCAACAUCUUCAACGGCUUGGUUUCCACCUAACAGCCCAGCUCAUAAACACCUUCAGAAGAAAACUUUGAACAUGAAACUAAGAUCUUGUUUUAAAAGAUUCCGAAAAUCAAAAGAAUGAUAGCACGUGAACAUCUCUACAGUAAAUAAAAUAAAGUCAGUUAAGAAUCAUUUGUUUUAGUUUACUAUUUACAAAAAAAAAAUUUAUUCUGAAUUUAAGUUAUAAAUUCUAUAUGAUUUUUAUGUAUAUUUUAAACAGUUUAUUACAUAGAAAAAUUUGGACCAUUGUAUCUACAAUCAUUAUGAAAUUAGUUAUGGUCAGUUCAUCUAAUUGUAUUGAGGCUUUAAAAAAUACUUUGUUUUAUUUUGUUUUAAUUGACCACCAAAUGCUCAACAAUGAAUUAAAAUAAUUCUUUACAUUUCUCAAUUGUUGUACACCAUUAAGAUUGAUGUUGUGUGCUUGAAGUGUGUUACUACCUGGAAGUGUUAUUGGUGUUGUGUGCUUGAAGUGUGUUACUACCUGGAAGUGUUAUUGAUGUUGUGUGCUUGAAGUGUGUUACUACCUGGAAGUGUUAUUGAUGUUGUGUGCUUGAAGUGUGUUACUACCUGGAAGUGUUAUUGAUGUUGUGUACUUGAAGUGUGUUACUACCUGGAAGUGUUAUUGAUGUUGUGUGCUUGAAGUGACUACCUGGAAGUGUUAUUGAUGUUGUGUGCUUGAAGUGUGUUACUACCUGGAAGUGUUAUUGAUGUUGUGUGCUUGAAGUGUGUUACUACCUGGAAGUGUUAUUGAUGUUGUGUGCUUGAAGUGUGUUACUACCUGGAAGUGUUAUUGAUGUUGUGUGCUUGAAGUGUGUUACUACCUGGAAGUGUUAUUGAUGUUGUGUGCUUGAAGUGACUACCUGGAAGUGUUAUUGAUGUUGUGUGCUUGAAGUGUGUUACUUCCUGGAAGUGUUAUUGGUGUUGUGUGCUUGAAGUGUGUUACUACCUGGAAGUGUUAUUGAUGUUGUGUGCUUGAAGUGACUACCUGGAAGUGUUAUUGAUGUUGUGUGCUUGAAGUGUGUUACUACCUGGAAGUGUUAUUGAUGUUGUGUGCUUGAAGUGUGUUACUACCUGGAAGUGUUAUUGAUGUUGUGUGCUUGUGAAGUUCCUUAGAAGUAGCUUAUGAUUAUUUUUGCUAU